AUGAAACAUCGCGCACCCAAUGUCCUCACAGCAGUUGACAAGAAGACCCAUGGGCGGCGCCGUCGACUCAUCAGCCAGGGACUUUCCGAUUCAUCCACCCGUGGUUUUGAGGACACCAUUAAACAGCAUGUUGAGAAGCUGUGCAACCAGAUCAGCCCCGGCCACUCGGACGCAAGCACUCAGUGGUCUCGGAGCCAUGAUCUAUCUCGCUGGUCCAGCUAUCUCACAUUUGACAUCAUGGCGGACAUUGUAUUUGGACAACAGUAUAAUCUACUGGGGGAUGACGAGAACCGCUAUGUUGUCGACAGUAUUGAAGGCUCAAAUAUUCGAACUGGGGUAUUAAUACAGGCACCGGAAGCCUCUAUUUGGCGACUAGACCGACAUCUGUUCCCCAAGUCCAUUCAAUGUCGUAACAAGUUCAUUGAGUUUAUAUCACGACUGGUUCUCGAUCGCAUGACGACAAGUCCACUGAAACGAAACGACAUCAUUAGCCAUCUUCUCACCGCCAAGGACAAGGAAACAAAUGAAGGCUUCACCAAGAACGAGGUGAUGGCUGAGAGUACAACCUUGGUUGUUGCGGGCACAGACACUUCUUCAACUGCCAUCUCAGCCACUUUCUUCUACCUGACCCACUACCCAGGCUUUUACCAGCGGGCUGCCGCCGAAGUUCGAAGUGCGUUUGCCACAAGCAAAGAUGUCAAGAUUGGGUCAAGGUUGAACGCCUGCAUUUUCACGCGCGCAUGCAUCGAAGAAAGUCUACGCAUGUCACCACCAGCUGGAUCGGCGCUAUGGCGUCAGGUUCUAGAUGGCGGACAGAUUGUGGAUGGGCAUGUCAUCCCGUCAGGAUGUGACAUCGGCGUAUGCAUCUACGCCAUCCAUCACAACGAUGCGUAUUUUACCGACCCCUUCGACUUCAAACCUGACCGCUGGCUGCCAAAUGAUGAAGUGGCCAUGGAGAAGGCGAGACUGGGUCGCUCAGCGUAUAAUCCCUUCUCUAUCGGCCCCAGGAGUUGUAUUGGGAAAGGCUUUGCUAUGGCUGAACUGAUGUUAACUGUUGUUACCAUGCUCAUCAAGUUUGACAUUCGUCGUUCGUCAGGUCGUGAAGGAUGUAUUGGACAAGGUUCUGUGGAAGCUGGCGACGGACGCCAUAGACUGGACGAAUUCCAGUUAUAUGACCAUGUAACGGCAUACAAGAAAGGUCCGGCGUUGCAGUUUCGAAGUCGUGGACCUGCCAGCCUGCCAGCGUGA